UGAUGUCAGUUAUACAUAUUUUGGCCCAGAAAAAUAUGUAAUACCUGGCUAAAAAUAGAUGUGUAGUUAGUUGUGUGUCACCUCAAUGUCGACAAAUAAUUCAAUAAACAAAUUAUUCGAUUUCCUGCUAUAACCUCACUUUUUGUUGAUAAACAUUGCAAUGCCUGGAAAAGUAAAAGUAAAAAUUUCCUCUGGUAAAAAUUUACCUGUAAUGGACAGGUCUAGUGACACUACAGAUGCUUAUGUGGAAAUCAAACUUGGAGGAACAACUUUUAAGACUGAUGUAUGCCGUAAAUCUCUUCAUCCCCAAUGGAACACAGAUUGGUAUCGUUUUGAGGUGGAAGAUUCAGAACUACAAGAUGAACCGCUACAAAUUCGUCUAAUGGAUCAUGAUACCUAUUCAGCGAAUGAUGCAAUAGGAAAAGUUUAUUUAAAUUUAAAUCCUCUGUUACUACCUGUAGAUGGACAAAUAAUGAAAUAUGGGUUCAAUGGUGACAAUUCAAUACACCAUGAGAUAUCUGGCUGGUUGCCAGUAUAUGAUACCAUGCAUGGUAUUAGGGGUGAAGUUAAUAUCACUGUUAAGGUGGAGUUAUUCUCAGAUUUUAAUCGAUUUAGGCAGUCUUCCUGUGGAAUACAAUUUUUUUAUUCUCCUACUGUACCUCAAGGCUACCAAGCAAAAUUAAUCCAUGGCUUUGUAGAAGAGCUUGUAGUAUAUGAUGAUCCUGAAUACCAGUGGAUUGAUAAGAUUCGUACACCAAGGGCUUCAAAUGAAGCUCGACAGACUUUGUUUUUCAAGCUUUCUGGUGAACUACAACGAAAAAUUGGAGUGAAAACUUUAAAUUUAGGAGGAAAUGCUGUUAUUGGUUACAAGCAAAGCUAUGACUUGGAAGGGGAAUCUGGAAUAGUGGCUAGAGGUAUAGGAACAGCUGUAACUUUGAUUAAAUCAAACAACACAAUUGCUGUAAAUAAUGGAGAAAUUAAAGAUGAGCAUGUAAAAGAUUACCUUGAAUUUGUUGGUGAGGGCAAAAGCUUUCGCUUGAGCAGCACACCAAAUGUCUUCCCUUUUCUAUCCCCAAAAUUGUCUAGGUUACCGAAAUUAUUUAACCUUGCUCCCGCUAAAUAUAAGAGGCUCUCUAAAAAACUGUACUCAUCUAUAGAUGCAGGUAGUAUCAGAUCUACCCACUCUAUAGAGAAUAUUUCGCAUAAUUCAAUGGAAAGUCUCCUUAAACAAGAAAAUGAAAGGGGUAAAACCACUAAGUCAUUACCUUUAAAGCUUAGAAAUCUCAAAUAUUCGCAAAAUCUGCUCAGUAAAAAGAUGAAUGCUUUAAAAUCUAAACUCGAAGAUAGCAUUGGUGAAGAGAUAGAUGAAGAACAAAUUGCCAACAAAAGAAAGUAUAAAAGAUCCGAUAGUGAGUCGAGUUUCAUGGCUGAAGUUUUAGCUCGUUCUGUAUUACAUGCUCAUAAUAGUUUAAGCUGCAUUUUAGAAGGUAAACAUGGUUCUCAAGAAGAGGAAAAUAGGCAAGCUUCUAAUCAAGAUGUUUUAGUUAAAACGGUUUCUGAACCUACCAUGCUUUCUGAAGACAGUUCAAGUGAAGAACAAUUCUCUAGUACUGAUUCAACAACUUCUGAAGACGAAGAAGAUGGAAGUUUUGAUUCUAAAAAUAGCGAAAUAGCUCUUGAUACUAUUAGUAACAUUAUUAAAGAUGUUGAAAGAUUACAACUGAAGCAGAAGCAGCGGCUUCUUAAACAAUAUUCCUUACCAACUCUGGAGUUAAAUAGAACUUUAUCUGAAGGAAGGAUUUUAGAAAGUGUAGAUUCCUCGGAAACGUCAAUCCAAGAGCAGCUUUUAGAAUCUUUUCCGGACGAUUUAGCUCAAAAUACAUCUGAAGAAAACAACAAAGUAACAAAAAAACCUGUAUUUGAAUUACUUGAUGAUAGAGACGAAGAAUUAGAAGAAGAAGAAAAACCAGAAUUCCAUGGUAUGAUACCAGAAGCGAUGAAAAAUGUGAAAAUAAAAGAGAAAGGUUUAAUAAAAACUGCUAUGCAAGCGAUGCUGUUAGAUACAGCUAGCUUAAUGGGAACUUAUACCCCACCUACUUCACCUUCAUUUAAAACUCCGGAAUUUCCAAAAAUAACAGUUACACAGUCAAAAAAUCAAUUUUUACGACAACCAAGAAUGUCCAAGUCUGCAAGUUCCGUUAGUUUCAAGGAGUAUAUUAAGCGUAAUGAAACUGUCCUUGGUGUUCCUUUCACUGAAAUAGUAUCUUAUGAAUGCUACAGGAGAAGAAUAUCACAACCAUGUCUGACAAAUACUGAAUUACUUCUAACCCCAACAAAUUCUGAUCAAUUAAUUAGAGCUAAUUGUUUUUCUGAUAAUCAGCUAAACAGGCCUUUGGUUAAAACUAUGUUGAAUGAAUCUUUGCAAAAGAAAACAUCUAAGAGGUUUCAUAUAUUUGGUUCAAAGAAAAGUACAGCUUCAUUAAAUGUUCAAGUACCUCGAGUUAGAUCGUACAGUGCGAGUUCUGAUAAAAAACCUAGAGGGAGCUUCCUAUCCCGAAUCUUUAGUCAAAGGAAAAUGCGGCAAUCCUCUAACUCCUUACAUUUAUCCAACUCUCCAUCCCAGAAUGAAUUAACAUCUACUAACUUAUCUACUUUAUCCAAUGAUUUGCCUCUCAAUAUAAAAACUGAGGGCAAUAUUUGUAGCAAUACUAAGCAUGCAUGCAUAACCCCAAACAGGCAUAUUAUGUCACCACAACAAGACCAAACCGGGAGUAAUUUUCAACAGAGCAUAGAGCAAAGAAGAGGCGAUCAAUCACCAUCCAGACUCAAUGUUUUUGCCCAAAGAAGAUCUUCUGAUUCUGACCUAAGCAUGACACCUAAAGGAAACAGUCUUACCAGUAGUGACAAAUCUGGAGGACAUCACAGCGGUUCGUUUAUGAAAAACAAUAUAGUACUGCCCUCACAAAUACAUCAAGAAAACUUUGACAUGUUAGAGUAUCCAUUCUUAACUGUCAUGAAGUUUCCUACUGAUUUUAUAGCUCAAAUUGGGGGCGCAGUUAGUGCAAGGUCAGUGAAAAGAUUGGAAACCAUAAGAAACAUUGAAGAACCAGAAUCGAGAGACACUUGGUGGUCUGAAUUAAGAAUGGAAAUACGUUCUCAUGCGCGUAGUUUAAAUUGCAACGCUGUUUUGGGUUAUUCAGAGUCUGCAAGUAUCAGUGACGACAUAUGUAUUUUAAGUGCCUAUGGUACUGCAGUUAUAAUCAAUUUUCAUAAAACCGAUGAGCUAGAGGAUUAUGUAGGUUUAAUGAAACAGAACAUACCACAAAGUGAUGAUCUGUGUGCUUCUCUUGAUCAAAAGCAAUAUGAUAAAGAUAAACAUAAGACGGAAGCCACUAAUAAACCGGUUGAUAGUCCAGAACAUACAAAUAAUUGUUUUAAUACCUUAUGUUCCGUCACCCACUUACCAUAUGAAGGCAAUAACACACCACUUAAAGCAACUUUAUCAAAAUGCGCGAUAUGUAGAAAAGGUAAGGUCCCAGAAGUACUUAUAGCCACUAUAGAACCACCGGAUGGUAUACCGAGCACAGGAAGAGGAUGCUUUAUUGAAUCAUACGUUUGCCGUCCUCUCAAAGAUCUAAAAGGAGAGUGGAUAGCUAAAGAAAUAUCAGACGGUUUACCGUUUUUAGAGUAUGAACUACAUAGACUGCUAGUCAACAAAUUGAAAAUAAAGGGAAUGAAUGCAAUAUUUGGUUUGAAAUUUAGAAUAACCGUUGGAGAAAAAUUAAUAAUUGCUAUAGCUAAUGGCACUGCAAUGUACCUUACAUCUUUACCACCACCUUCAGUACCCAAGUUAGUCUCAGACGAAAAUACGGAUGAUGCCAAAUUGGUUUUGUUGCAAAAGCAGCUGAAUGAGACUGUCAAGAAAAAUAGAGAAAUAUAUCAAAUUGAAGAAGAUUUGCAAAAUUGCCGUGUUUGGUCUGAUGAUGAAUCAGAAGAAGAACCAAGUUCAUUAGAUUUAUCGUCAGGUAGCAAAGACUGUUGUGUUCUAGAGGUUGACGAUCCUAAAGAUGAAGAAGUGUUGUUUUCACUCAUAAAAGAACGACCUCCUGAUGGGUUUCACGUCGUAAACACUGAAAAUAUACCGGGGCUCGACGACUUAGAAAUUGUUAAGAAUCUUCAAAUGUUCACACAAGUUAGACGUUUCAAAUUCCAUUCGAACUUAAACAUAGAUGAAUACUUUUCCAAAUUAUUACAGAGUGUUUAUUUUAAAUUGCGAAGAAUGGUGCCUUGUGCUUUAUGUAACAUUCAAUUUCGAUGUGACAUACCCGAGCCAGAUGAAGUGCAGCUAUUAGUUUUCGGUAUGGCUUUAGGAUUAGGCAAAAAGUCCAAAAAAUCGAAAGCACUCAUUCCAAAACGAAGCGAUGAAGACAUGAUUUUUAAACUAGAUGAAGAUAAUAUUGCAGAAAAUAAUUCUUUUACGAAGAGCAAUAGUGCAAAAAGCAGACAAAGAAGUUCGUCAAAAUACAAAUCACAGCCGUUAAAGCAAAGACAUACGCCACAAAAGGAAAUUCAUGGAGUGGAUAUAACGCCUUUAUCAUAUGUACCUGGUGCCAAUAUUGACAAAUAUAUAGGAAAUAUCAAUUUCUUUUUUAUUAGAGAGACUACUUCUAUUAGAGAGGAAGGUGGUCUUAGUGGGUUUCUCCAUAGUUUUGUAACUGAAGUGUUAGCAAUAGUACGAGCUCACGUUUCUGCUCUGGGUGGAAAUGCCUUGGUAGCGUUCUUUCUGACUGAAUUGUUCCUUCAUCACAACUUCCACAAAAAUCAGGGACAGUGUCUCAUCAAUGUGGGAGGCGAUGUCGUAUCAGUGACGUACUACAAAGGGGAAACUUAGUAUAAAACAAUAAAACACUUCAAUACUUUAUAGAAAUAGUAAACUACGAGAACUGAUAUAUCUUUUAAAAUUAAUGAGAUCAAAUAUUUUGAAAACAAAUUAAUCUUCAUCAGUCAUUACUUGUUGCUUAAAGAUUACAAAAUUAACUUUCAUGUUUAUUAACUAAUAUUUUUGUGGUUUCAUUAAAAAUGUAUUUUGAAAAUUUAACUAAAGCAGUUUCAGUAAUUUAUUAAUAUUUUUGGUGUUUAAAUUUUUUGGAUAGGCUUUCCUGUUCCAAGACUUAUUGUGUAGCAUUUCCGAAAAUCAGAAAAACGAAAUUAUAGCAAUAAUAACUACGUGAUUUUUAAUAAAAAAAAUUAUCAGUCGUAUAAUCGUCUAAACUAUUUGAUAAAUGAACUGAUGUUAAUUUUAUCUAAUAAAGUUAACAUUAAUAAAUUAAUAAUUUAAAUAAGAACAAAAAAUUGGCAAUCAGGUUAACUUUAUUAGACUAUUUUUUUAUUAAUAUUUAGAUCAAAUUAUUUUCAGUAUUAAAUACUUAUUUGGAAAUGUUUUUAAUAUACUUGUACAGUUACAUUUUUAGAUUUUUUUUGUAAAUAUGGAUUGUUUGAUAUACCUAUAUUUUUUAUGAAAGAUAAUUUAAAAAUCAUUUUCUACUUUACAGCCAUUUUUAGUUGCUUAAAGUAUACAGUUUUGGUAAAAAACCCAUGAAAGUCAACGAGAGCAAAAAGAAAACUAAUAAAUAAUAUGAAAGGAACUUUUUAAUGUCUUAAGUCAAAGCAGGUGCUACUUCUGUGAGUCAUCUUUCCCUGUACGUGAAUCCCUCAAUAGCAUUAUUUUAAAUAAUAGUGGCUAAAACGUUACGUUAAAUGCCCUUGUAAUUUUGAUUGAUAUAUUCUCUAAUUUCCCACAUCUACAAUUAUCUUAUAGCUGAAUGAUAAUUUAAAACUUACCGUUCCCAUUCUUUUUUAAUUGUUUCACCCGAACUGGUAUCUCUUUUCCAACGUCUUCAACCUUUGUAUCAUCGAUAGUUUUCCUUUUUUUGACACGCUUCUUCAGCUCGGACGGGUUUUUGACAGAAGUGGAACUGCUGCUUUCGAUUUGUUGCGCUUGGCUGUCGCUGCCUUUCGAAUUACUAUCGUCGUCCUCACUGUCCGUUUUAAUUGAACUAUCAGUGUCAGUGCUACUUUUAUUUGGACUUUCAUUGUUAAGUUUACGUUUUCUGACACGCCUUUUCUUCUGCUCAGAUGGUUUUUUAACAGGAGGGGAACUUUCCGAAAAUGUAUAAUGUAAUUUUUUAUUCCUCUUAUUAUGUUCGUUUGUACUCUUCGUGAAAAAUCUAUUUCGGUUGGAGUUUUACCGGAUCUGUAUACCGUUUUCAGUAUGGAAGACUCUUGAAUGUUAG